AUGUAAAAUCAAGUGGAUCUAGACAUUGACACAGGUCAAUUUGAUACUAUGGAGAGAGACUUUUAAGAAGUGUUAAAAGAUUUAGGCACUGAUUAAAAUCUAGAGAAAUUUCGAUCUGAGUUUGAUAAACUUUAUCGGUCGUUGAAAAUCAUUCACGAGAAUUAAAGACGAUUAAUCAGCAAAUGUAGGGAGUAUAAUGCUGAAAUCUCUUAAAAUGCAUCAAAAGUAUUCAUGAAUUUAACAUUAGAUUCAAACUGUUUUAAAAAUGACAGCUGAUGAUUCUGCUGCUAUUUAAUAAUUGAAAACUCAAUUAGAAAAAGCAUAUAAGGUGUUAGAGAUUUAAUAAGAGAGGGAAGAGAAACAUAAAUAAAAGAUAAAAAUCUAGGAAAAUGAAAUUAAGUAAUUGUUAUAUUAUUAUAUAUAGAUAACUCAAUCAAACAAUUGAAUAAAGUAAAGCUUUAAAUUCAGGAUAGACUACAACUGUACAUGAGUUAUUAUAAAGGAAGUAGGAACUGUUAAAAGAAAAAGAAAUAUUAUAGAUUUAAGUAUUUGGAACAAGAUCAGAAAAUUAAUCAAUUACAGAUAGAAUUAAGUCUUUAGAGACUUCUAAGGAAUCAGUUAUGAAAGAAUAUAAAAUAUUAUAGCAAUAGAAAUCUGAAUUUGAGGAGAGAUUAUAAAAAGAUGAGGAUGCAAAAAAUGUAACUUAAGCAGAAUUGGAGAAGAUUAAAAAAGAUUUUGAUUCUUUGAAAGAGGAUGAAAAGUAAUUAGGAAAUGAAAAAAAGAAAUUAAAAAGUGAAAUUGAGAAGGUGACAUUAUAAAAUAGUGUUAAAACAAAAGAGAUUGAAAAUUUUAAAUCAGAAAAAAAUAGAGUGGAUAAAGAAUUAAGGGAUACAAAAGAAAAAUUGGAUUCUGUGGAGAAAAUAAAUGAAUAAAUAGAAGAGAAGAUUAAGGAUACUAGAUUAUAGAUAGAAUUGUUUGAAACAGAAAUUGCAUAACUUCAUUAAAAAAUAAAUGAAGGAGAAGAGAAAAAGAAAAAAAUGACAGAAUUAGUGAAAGAAUAAGAAGAAUUGGAAUAAAAAAUUGAAGAAGAAAAAUUAUUAGCUAAUAAUGGAUUAAAUUAAUUAGAAGAUGAAAUUUAAGUAGAAAGAAAAUAAGCAUAAGAUGAUAGAUAAGUGAUUGAGGAUUUAAGAAGGGCAAGAAAUAUAUUAUAAAAAGAAAUUGAUAGAUGUGAUAAUAAUAAUAAAAAAAUUGAAGAAGAUUUUAUUGCUAAAUAAAAAUAUUUAAGUGAAAAAUAAAAUGAAUUAGGUGGUUUAUAAAAGAAAAUUGAUUAUCUCAAUAAGAAAAUUGCAAAUGUUGAAAGAGAAACAGAAUAAUAAUGUUUAUAAUUUUCAUAAGCAUAAACUAAAUAUUUUCAUUCAUUAGAUGAAAUUAAAUUAAAAGAUUCAUUAAUUAGUGAAUUCUAAAAAAAGAAUAUUGAAACUGAAGCUAAAUUAAAAUAAUAAUAAAAUCUAUAUGAAACAGUUAGAAGUGAUAGAAAUCUAUAUUCUAAAAAUUAUACAGAAAAAUAAUAAGAAAUUGAAAAAAUGAGAAGAAGUUAUAAAAUAGUAAAUCAUUAAAUAUCAUAAUUAAAAGAAGAAAUUGAAGCAAAAGGAAAUGCAUUAGCUAAAGAACAUUUAGAACAUAAAAAAAAGGAUAAAACUAUUGAAGAAUAAUCUAGAGUAUUAGAAAAAUAUAAAACAGAUAUAGAUGAAAAGGCUGAAAAGAUUAAUAAAUAUAUUAAAAGAGUUGAUAAAUUAUAAUUUACAAUUAAAGAUGAAGAAUAAUAAAUACAAAAUCUCAAAGAAGAAUUUGAAUUAGUUGUGGCUGAAAGAGAUAUAUUAAGUACUUAACUCAUAAGAAGAAUAUCAGAAACUAAUUUACUUUAUGAGAAAAUCAAAAUUAAUGAAAGUACACUUAAGAAAGGAGAAUAAUAAUAUAGAGAAAGAUUAGGAGAUAUAUAAAUGUUAAAAGAAAAGAUAGCUGACUAUAAAAGAGAAAUUAAGGUUUUUAAAAGAGAAGCUGAUACUAUUAAAGAUUUAGAAGGAGAUAUACAUAAUCUAACAAAAGAGUUAACAGAAGAGAAAUUGAAAGCAAAGGCUUUGACAGAAGAAUUAGAAAAUCCAAUGAAUGUACAUAGAUGGAGAAAGUUGGAAGCUACAGAUUCUGAAAAUUAUGAAUUAAUGACUAAAAUUCACAGUCUUUAAAAGAGACUAAUUCAAAAAACAGAGGAAGUUGUUAUUAAAGAGAAGGUUGUAGAAGAAAAGGAAAAGGAAUUAAAGGCUUUGAAAGAUGAGAUGAAACGUAAACCAGGAUUAGAGGAUUAGGCUAUGAUACCUUAUUAUUAAGAUAGUCUUAGGUAGAAAGAAGAAUAAAUGAAAGCUAUGGAUUAGGAGUUGAGUAUGUAUUAAUCACAUAUUAAUGAAUAUAAGUUGGAAAUAGAUAGAAUAAAUAAAGUAAUAAUUUCAUUAAUUUUUUAAGGAAUUACAAAGAGUUAAAUAGAAGUAUUUUAAUUAAAAGAAGAGAGAAUAACAAUAAAGAGAUCUCCGUAUUUAGGAAGAAUAAGGAUAGUCGAUUUAGGUUAUUUUACCAGAGAAAAAAUUUGUGGGUGGUGGUUUUGCUCUAUAAAAAUGA